CCUUGUCAUUGAGGGACAUAUCUUGAUAUUUUCCGUAUACCUUCUUCGGCUCAGAUGUUAGAACGUAAACAACGAGUAUUCUCUUUCCUCGUUGCACCGUGUGUCGAGUGUGUGUAUGCCUACGUGAAUGUGCUCGUCUUUCUAUACGGUCGUGGGUAUUUGAGUGUGUGACUAGUCUACUAUCAGUAUUUGUGUUAACGCGUACAACUACAUGUACUCGCUACUGGCCCUCUGUUUCUCUUUCCUAUUCGUUAUCAUAGUAUGCGGACGGAUGCGUAUGUGUCUCUUCGUUCGCCGCGUGUAAGAGUGUAUGAAUAUGCGUAUAUGUGGAACGAGUACUUAUAUGCUCCGGUAUACUAUGCGAAACGUACUGUGUGCUUGUUUGCCACCAUCCGUCCUAUCCACUCGGCGAGCAGCUCGGUGUGUGCCAGUCCCACGGGAUCCGGGGUACUGGAGACUCCUUUGUCCGUGAAGAGUGCCGGCGCCAGUCCACCGCAGUCCAGCGGCAAACACCUGCACAUUAACCUGGGGAAUCAGUUCAGGGCGGGUGGCUCUCUGCCGAAUGUUAACAACAACGCGAAUUGCGCCAAUGACGCGAAACAACACGCAUCGUCGCACAACGCCGCUAUCCACUCGAUCGACCUUAAGGAUCCGCCGUACCGCAACAACGAGAGGGGAAGGAGCAUGGGGGUCGGGCCGAUGCGGUCGCGUCCCAUGGAGAAGAGGCACGACACCUCGCCGUACAGCGGCGUCCCGUACCUUUCGCCGCCGCCCCCGGACACGUGGAGGAGAACGAAUUCGGAUUCGGCGCUCCAUCAGAGCGCCAACGAAGCGUGCCAAUCGACCACCACCAUCCCCCAUCGGCGAGAUCAACACGCCAUAAGCGGAUCCGGGAGCGAGAACAGAAACUUGCAUUACGGAUUCAUCGAACGGCCGAGAUCGUCCUGCGAGAUACCCAGAGUGCCUGGAAACAACAUAGAUCCGAGCUCUCAGCCAGCGGGGCAGCAAAUUCCCAUAGGGAACACGCGAUCGUUGCCCGACCUGGCCCAUUUCCAGUCGGAUCAAGAGGAUCACUCGAGCAGCACGCCGUUCAGCAACAACCAUUUAUCAGUGCCUGUUAACUCUAGGUUUCUUCACACGUGUAAGGGUGUGGCGUUGGAAAACAGCACAAGUACUUCGCAACAGGAUCUUCAGAGCUACUCGCAACAACCGCCGAUGGCCCAGCCGCCGACGGCGACCACCCACAGCCCGGCUGGCCACCACUACAUUUAUCAGCAACCGCACAGUCCUGUGCCACCGCAAAGUCCAAAGUCGUCGCAAACGCAGCAACCACAACUCAACUCGUUGGGCUCGUACAGGUCCUCGCAGCAGGUGAACAGGCCGUCGCCGCAGUCGUCGCCCGGGCUAACGAUUCAAGGGAGCCCGUUGAGCUACAGCAAUAAUCCAUCGGCGCCUCCCAGCCCCACGGGUCAUCCGGGUCCACCGAACUUGACGUCGGAGAGCAUCGACCAAAACAGUUACUUCAUGAACCAGGCACAAGCGGCGGCGCUUCAACAGGAUUUCGAGCAGUUCACGAUGGAUUGGCCGAAAUUCGCUCAGCAGCUGAUGGAACUUGGUUGCACCUGGAGCACGCAGAUAGAGAUGGACACCCCUGUGCCGACCAACAUGAUCGGGACGUACAUCGGUUCGCCGAACCACACCACGAGUUACGCGCAGAACGACACGAUGAACGUCGGCGGUGAAUUGGGGAGCGGGGACGCGGGCUACUUCAGCACGAGCCCCCAGGUUCCUUAUCAGCCUGCCACCACGACCGCGACCAGCAACAACACGACCACCACCCAACAGCUCACCCCACAGACGCCCAACACCCCGACGAUCAUCCUGACAGAUUUCUCAGGGGCGGACGAUCUGACGAAUCCAGAAUUCGUGAAGGAUCUCGGCUCGGCGAUGAUGGGCGACUUCGACCCGGACAUAUUCCCGUCGGACGACGCUCUGAGGCAGGGCCUCGACCCCAUCGACAUGGACGGUCUACAAAUGCUCACCGACCCGACCAUGGUCAUAUCGGACCCGAGCGCCGAGGCCCACUUCAGGCGGGACCGACUUUAAGGCGAGGCAAUUUUCAGAUCAAUUUUCAGAUUACGCGCUGACUAUUAUUACUAUCGUAGGGAAAAGAAAAAGAAAAAAGAGGAAAAAAAAAGAAAAAAUACGAAUUCUUAUCCUGUCGUACGUGGUGUCGCGAUUUAUUCCUCGGACACUUUGACAAAUGGGACGAGUCGUCGCGCUUCCAACGGGAAGUCGUUUCUCUACACGCAACCAUUCUCCUCAUCGUGGUGGCGGUGACGACGAUUCUUCGACGAGGAGGGCGAAUCGAACGGAUUAUGCAUUCGGAGGGAAGGAAACGAGGGGCGGGAAAAGAAUGUGGAGAAUAAGAGGUGGGGAAAUAUCGUGGGAAAUGACGAAAUCGAUCGGGAGGAAACGAAACGUCGAGGAAAACGUGUUC